UUGUUAUAUGGAAUACAAAUUCCUCACCACAAAUUAAAGCUGACAUCCAGAUCAAUAAAUCCCACACCUUCCCUAUCCUUUAGCAAUAUUAGCACCAUGCUCUUCCAAAUCCUGAUCUUUGUAGCUUUCUAUGUCUUCACAAAACACUUUCUCUCAAAGCUUCAAAACCUCCCACCAAGCCCCUUCCCUACUCUCCCAAUAAUUGGCCAUCUCUACCUUCUCAAAACCAAGAAACCUCUCCACCAAACUCUCUCCAACCUAUCAAACAAAUACGGCCCCAUAGUUUUUCUCAACUUCGGCUCUCGACCAAUCCUCCUUAUCUCUUCUCCUUCUUUAGCCGAAGAAUGCCUCACAAAACGCGACGUUGUUUUCGCCAACCGGCCACGCAUGCUCGCAGGAAAGCACCUUGGUUACAACUACACCAGCCUCAUUUGGGCUCCAUAUGGUGAACACUGGCGGAACCUUCGCAAAAUCGCUUCCCUUGAAAUACUCUCAUCCCAUCGUGUCCAAACUCUUUCACACAUACGCAGCCAUGAAGUUCACUCACUCAUUCGCCGCCUCCUAAGCCAAAAAGACCAGCCUGUGGACGUGAAAGCGUUGUUCUUUGAACUAACUCUCAACGUGAUGAUGAGGAUGAUAGCUGGGAAGCGUGAAGUGGAGGAAGGGAGGAAGAUUAGGGAGAUUGUGACUGAGACUUUCUUGUUAGGGGGUGUGACGAUUAUGGAAGAUUAUUUGCCAUUUUUGUGGUGGGUUGGGAAUAGAGGGAAAGAAAAGAGGUUGAUAUUGGUGCAGGAAAAGAGAGAUGGUUUUAUGCAGAGUUUGAUAGAGGAGCAUAGAAGAAUGGGAUCAAGUGAGGGAGAGGAGUAAACGUUGAUUGAAAUUAUGUUGUCUAAGCAAGAAUCGGAACCUGAAUACUUCAAGGAUGAGAUUAUCAGAGGCAUCAUGCUGGUAAGAUCUAACUUCUGCACCAAAGUUUGUUUGUUUCUUUCUUUUUUACUAAAGAAAAGUAAAAGUAAAAGAUAGGACCUCUGUGAAUACAUUCAACGACCAAAUUUCUCACUUUUUUGCAUUUAAAUUUCAUUAAUACAUUAGGAGUAGUGUUAAAAGACACUGCCAAUUUCUCAGGACAAAGUUGAGUCAAACUUAUCUUUUGUAGCAGGAGUUUUGCUAUGAUUUAGGAGUGGUUGAAUAUUAUUACUCCCUCGUCCGAAUUUGUUGGUUGAAAAGUCAAAUUUUUAAAGGAA